GGUAGCAUGCUACUCUUUCUUCUUUCAAUCCUAUAUUGGAAAGCAACAUGUGAGGUUUUUAGCUCUUAUGAGGACCUUAGAAACAUCAAUAAGAUAGAGGAUCAUUUGGUGACAUUGCUCUCUGAAUACAUUCACAAUGAAAGAGAACGACUCGACACUUUGGAAAGGUUUAAUCAGUAUGUUGAGAAUGGUAAAGACUACACGGAUCCUGGUGACAAUUACAUCAGCUAUCCUACCAAUCAGUUUAAUGUAAUACACAGAUUCGUUGCAGAUUGGAAUAACCUAGAAGACUGGACAAAGAGUAGAAACGAAGACCUAUCUUCAGCAUUUAGAACAUACAAACAAUUCUUUCCUAGGCAGGAGGAUGUCGAUGGAGCAAUAAAGGCUAUACACCGUCUUCAGGAUAUUUACAAAAUUAAAGCAAGUCACUUCUCUAGAGGGGACCCUUUAGUUCCUGAAGAGGGUUCUGGCAGGGGAGAACCUUUCAACGAACAAGCUCUUCUGUUAUUUGUAAAAACUGCUUAUGAAAGUGAACAGUGGCUUAAGUGUGCAGGUUGGGCACAGCAAGCAUAUUACCAAAUACAAACCCUUAAGAAAUAUGAUCCCCCCACUUCAACAAUAUGGUUUGAAAUUGCAGACUAUUUCUCAUAUUGUCUAUACAAGGCUGGAGAAAUACAGCAUGCCAUCGAGGUAACAGCUGAAAUUUUAGUUCACUACCCUCAUAACAAACGCAUUUUGGGAAACUUGGAACACUUUAAUAUCAUCAGGAAAGAAAGACAUGUUAAAGAUAAAUCUAAAAGCAAGAGAAGUGUUAUUUCUGAACCUUUAGUGAAUCUUGGUGAAGUAAAAGAAGAGGAAGUGAAUGUGACAUUUAUUCCUAAAUUAUAUCCUGGAGCAGACGAGACAGUCUUGACAUGGGAGGAUAUUGAGAAUGACAUACAGGACAAAUUCAACACAAAUCGAGUAAGAAGGAUGAAGGUAUAUAGAAAAAUGUGUAAAGAAAAUCCACCUCUUACUCCAAAGAUGAAGAAACAGGUAGACAGACUCACAUGUUAUUACAAGCAGAAUACACCUAGGAGCUAUUUAAAACCAAUUAAGGUUGAAGUUGCAUGGCCGUCUCCCCGUAUUUUACUAUUUCAUGACAUUAUUAAUGAUGAAGAAUCAGACAUCCUGAUAGGCCUUGCUCAACCCCUCCUGCGACGAGCUACUGUCCAUAACAAGAGUACAGGAAAAUUAGAAAGUGCUGAGUACAGAGUGAGUAAGACAGCUUGGUUAUACGAUAACUUAGCUGAAGACAAGGAACAGAUUGUUCGCAGGGUUAAUCGCAGAAUGGAAGAUGCAACUGAACUGAGUCAUGAGUAUGCUGAAGAUCAGCAGGUCAAUAACUAUGGUAUGGGGGGUCAAUAUGAACCACACUACGAUAUGAAUACUCUCUACGAUCAGAAAGUUCAAAAGCGUAGACCAACUGUGUCAGGUAAUCGCAUAGCCACCAUGUUGGUGUACUUACGUGAACCAGAUGCAGGAGGUGCUACAAUAUUUACAGACAGUGGUGCCAGGUUAGUUGCUAAAAAGAAUUCAGCAGCAUUUUGGUACAAUAUUUUACCAAACGGUGAUCCAGACCUGAUCACCCGGCAUGCUGGUUGUCCUGUUUUAGCCGGUACGAAGUGGGUCAUGAACAAGUGGUUCCACCAUAACGAUCAGAUCUUCACUCGCCCUUGUGAUGUACAGCAAUUCAAACGAGAAAAAGAAUCAAAGCUAUACAACGGGAAGUAUACUAUUUGAUUAAUUUGUAUGGAAAUCUUACGGAAAACAGAAAAUAGUGUUUAAGUUUUUGAAUGUAUAGUUGCAAGCUGUAGUACUAGGUCGAUUGUAAAUAUCAGACAAAGGCCAAAGCAUGUUGUUAUGAUAAUAAAAUAUUAAAUAUUGAAGCAGUGCAGCACUUAUUUUGGUGAUCAUUUGUACUCAGUUGUUACAAUACGUAAUUGUUAAAAUACAGCCUUUGCUACCCAAAUAGCACAUUUCAUUCUAUUUCAGAUUGAAAUACCGUUUAUUUAUUUUUAUUUAAAGAUGCAAUGGAGAUAUUUUCUAAUGUUAUUUGAUGUUCCACUGUGUUUGAUAUUGAUAUGGUAAUUGGUACACUACACUUAACCUAAAUAAAAAAUCUGUUAAUAAAGUGAGACAGGAUAAUGGUUGAGCGACUUCUAAGUUCUAAGAGUAUCGAGAUGCAAAUUUUGCCAUUUGUAUUGAUUGUUUUAAUUUAAUAAAUAAGUUGGUUCACUGGGAGCCAGAAACAUAAAGUUACACAACAAUUGCAUGUUAAAUAUCGAAUUAAAUUAUUUUCUUAAUUAUUUUUUCACAAUAUCUAACGAUAUUUGAAGCUACAAUGUAUAGAUGGAUUAACCUUAAUGAUCAUGAUUAAAUUUGACCCGGGGACCUUGGCCUGAUAGGUGCAUGUUUUAGAUUUAUAAAUUAUUCUUUUGAUUAGCGUAUGUUAUAAUAUUGGGAUUAGAAUUACAAUUUUGUUUUAUCAAUCUUUUUUGAAUUAUUAGCUUUUUAGGGUUUUUAGAAUGUUUUGCUGUCUAACAGCUAUUUCAAUUUUGAAAAUAAUUAUUAAUCUGUAUAUAAAUAUUUUUCUUUUUCAUUAAAAUCGAUCCUGAAGGGUUUGACAGUAUAGCUUAUCUUUUAACCAAUAAAUUCAUGAACUUGUUUUUUUGUUAGUUUGUUGGUUUUCAGUAUUUAACCCUUUAAUUUCAUAUCGUUCCUGCAUAUUGUUGGUCUUUUGAUAAAAAUAGAUGCUUUUAGUUUUUCAAGAUUAUAAAUUAUCAAUCUCUUAUUUC